AUGACACCAGUUAUGAUGGCUUGUAUGAACAGCACUUCUAAUGAGGCAGCCGCUUAUAAUAUUGUAUCGAACCUCAUACAAAAUAAUUGCAUGUUGAAUAUUGGAGAUAAAUAUGGCGUUACACCUCUCAUGAAGGCAGUGAUUAGCGGCAGACAAUCUAUCGUUGAACUAUUAGUCGAUACAAAUGUUAAUAUCGAAAUGAGAGAUAGGCAGGGUUGGACGGCAGUAUUUUGGGCUAUCCAUCACAAUCGACCAAGUGCUUUAGACUUGCUUCUAAAGAAAGGAGCUAGGCUGAAUAUAGUUGAUAUAGCAAAUCGAACGCCAGCAAAAAUUGCAUAUUCCCAUGACUACCUUCACAUUCAUGCAGUUAUAUCAGCAUAUGAGAAAACCUGUGAGGAUGAUGAGGAAACGAUCGAGGAAAAGGAAAUCAACAGACAAAAAGGAUUCCUGAGUAAAUUGUCUUCGUGGCAUGAUUUUUAUCCAGGAUUAAGGGAUGAGAGCAAGCCGAAAUUUGCUCACGAAAUAUCAAAUCUUCUCUAUGGUAUGAAUUGUGAUCGACUCAGAAGUGUAUUUGAUAAGCUACAGAUCAAUUUAAGAGAUUUUCUGUUGAUGGAGGAAAAGGAAAUGAUAAAAUAUGGUGUUGAUCUACCGUUUGAGAGACAAAGACUUAAACAAGGUAUCCGUGGGUUCCAUUUGAGGAGUUGGAAGGUCAAUUCCGUGGCUGGUCUACAAACAAGACGUGGUGCCCCAUACAGUAUCGUUGAAUGUCUCAGCAUACUCGGUUCUCAUCUGGAACAACUGUACAUAUUGGAAUCAACUCUAACAUAUGUUUUGAGAGAUUUUAACAGAAUACAGAGCAGAUUGAAGUUUGAAGCACCCGAUUCACCUGUAAUGAUGAAACUUCAGCAGGCAGCGGGCAAGAUGAUCUGUAAUAUAAACAGUAUUAGGAGGGAAGCGAAUGCUAUGAAAAAGAUACAUAUUAAGAUAAGUAAAGAUAGCUUAAGACCCGUCGAUCUCAUUACGGAGAAAACAACCAAAGAUGUAGCCGUAGAAUUAAUAACUGAACUAGUAGUGCUUAGCUGUAUAGGCUUGCUUGUGUACAACGCUAGAAGCCUAGUUACUAAGAUUAUCGUCAAAUAA